CCUCAAAAUGGCUGUCGAUUUGAACAUAUUUUCUUAACAAUUAACGAAAGAGACAGCUCAAGCAGAACGAGAAAAAUCCAUACGAAAACACGAAUUUUUAUCUAUACAAUGAAGAAACUCAAUUGAAUUUUAGAGCUUUUUAUAUCUACGAAAAACAGAAUUUUAUCAACAUGGAUGCCCAAACUGGAGAGCAAAAUACUACAUCGCAGACCAGAGCUGGAAGGCACCGAUCUCGGAAGCAGCAAAARCCAUCUACUGCCGAAAGGGAGCAAAAGAAAGCUUCAAGGCUUCAAGCCAUUGGYCCUGGUGAAUCUAUAAAGGAAAAACAGCUAAAAGCAAGAGAAGAACGUGAAGCCAAGAGAUCAACAAUGGACUUCAGACAUGAAUACAUAAUUGCCACAAUAGCUGAUGCAUUGGCAAUACCUACAGAAGAAGUCACUGAAGCAAUGCUUGAAGGCUCACAGCUUGAAACAAUGGAUGCUUUCUUCAAGGCUGAAGGACUUCAAAAAAUCAUGUUCUUUUUCCAGGAGAGUGACAGUAAUGUACCAGAAGCAGUUGAACAUGUGCGUCUUGGUCCCAGUGGUGCUCAAAAGACGGUCAUAAAAUCAAAAUACAAAGUAUUUCUGACUGAUGGAAAGGAUGAGAUGUUAUCUGGRGCUUGCAUCUUUUUUAUCAGGAACAAUCCUUCAAAACAAGUCACUUUUGCUAACAUAUUUCAGGAAGCAACAUUUGGUGUUCUGGACACUAGAGGUGUUGGUAUUCUUCAUUCUGUGGAGAGACUUCUUGGAGAUGUCUUUGUACCUGCACUGGGUAGAAACACAACAUGGGCGAACUUGGAACAGAACCAAGGACUGUCUGUUAAACAAGAGUUUAUGAACCAACUGGAUUCUUUUGUUGGUAUUCUUGCCAGUGCUCAAGCAAGCUUAGAGGAUGCAGUGUCAUUGAAAGAACCAGAGAACAUCAGUCUCUCACAUAUUGCGACGCCAGCAGACUUCAUUGCAGCAGCCAGUUCUACAGAAACACUGGAACAGAUAGAAGAAGUAGUGACGGCAUGGAUCAAACAGAUUGAACAGGUUUUAGCUGAAAGUGAACAAAUGCGCAAAGAAGCAGAYGAUGUCGGCCCCAAAGCAGAACUUGAUCACUGGAAGAAAAGAAUGGCCAAGUUUAACUCUUUACUUGACCAAAUCAAAGGUUCAGAUUGUAAGGCAGUAGUUGGUGURCUGCAUGCUGCCAAGUCAAAACUUCUCAAGACAUGGAGAGAGCUGGACAGUAGAAUUACGGACUAUGCCAACGAAGCCAAGGAUAACGUCAAGUUCUUGUAUACACUGGAAAAGUUUUGUGAYCCUUUGUAUAAUAGUGACCCUGUCGGGAUGAUGGAUGCAAUCCCUGGUCUUGUCAAUGCAAUUCGUAUGAUCAACAGCUACUCGCGAUACUAUAACACCUCAGAAAGGAUGACAGCUUUAUUUGUGAAGGUCACAAACCAGAUGAUCACAGCGUGCAAAAACUACAUCACAGAGCACGGUUUGAAAACGAUAUGGGAACACCCACAGGCAGAACUUAUCGAAAAACUUCAAAACUGCAUCAAACUUAACGAGGAAUACCAGCGAUGCUUCCAGAGAACCAAGCAAAGRCUUGAACAAAAUCCCGACGAGAGACAAUUUGAAUUCAGUGAGAUGUAYAUAUUUGGAAAGAUAAAUACUUUCUCGCGGCGUUUAAAAAAGAUUAUUGAGAUGUUGAACACUAUGCAAGCUUUCAUGUGUCUUGGRGAGUCGAGGAUUGAGGGUCUGGAGCAGAAUUGGAAUAAAGUUCAGCUGAUAAUGACAACGAUGAAGAAAAARCCAUACGACUUACUGGACUACAGGAAGAUGGACUUUGAUGCUGAUUUUGAAGAGUUYAGAAGACAAAUCAACGAACUUCAGACUCAGCUUCAAAUCUUCAUGGACUAUUCCUUUGAACGAAUACCUUCGACACAGCGAUCUUUGAGACUCAUUCGAAAGUUUGAACGGCUCAACCUCGAAUGCCUCAAAGAAACAGUACAAGAAAAGUACGAACGAAUUCUCACUUAUUUCGGCCGUGACAUCGAAACAAUUCAAAAAAUAUACCAAAGACAUAAAAACGACCCCCCAGUGGCCUGGGAUCUCCCGCCAAUAGCUGGCAAAAUAGCYUGGGCACGACAGAUGUACCGACGCAUUCAAGAACCAAUGGAGCUUUUCCAAAGAUACCCAGCCAUACUACAGACAAGUGAAGGGAAGAAAAUUAUUAAAAAUUAUAACAAAAUGGCUAAAGUUCUUUUAGAGUUUGAGCUGCUGUAUCAUCAGGCGUGGAUCAAACAGGUGGAAGUAAUCAAGACUGGUCUCCAGGCCUCUCUCCUCGUGCGCCACCCCGAGAACAAGCAGCUCUUCGUGAACUUCGAUCCUCAAAUCAUGACUUUAAUAAGAGAGACUGAUUGUAUGGUUCGACUGGGUCUCGAUAUCCCAUUCUCUGCUCAGACACUGCUGCACAAACAGAACUUACUGAAAAAGAACAACGAUAAACUACUGCUUCUUCUUGAAGAACACAGCCGGGUUCUAAACAAAAUCCCGCAGACUUUCAAACCAUUAAUGGCUCCACAUCUCGCUAAAGUAGAAGCAUCGAUUGAUCCAGGCUUAGUCAUGCUGAACUGGACCUCGCUCAACAUCGACACUUACAUCGACAGUGUUUAUGAAUCGCUUGGCGAGCUGGAGCUGUUGAUAAAUCGAGCUAAUGAUCUCGUGGCGUACAGAAUUGAUGCGGUUUURGAGGAAAUGAGUGCCAUUCCAYUGACUGAGUUACCCACGCACACGCCUAAGACCAUAGAGGAAUUCUUGAAGAACACAGAGAAUCUAUGCAAACGUGGCGCUGAACUUCUAGAAGUCAAGAGCGUUCGAGUCGAAGAAGCAGCCAACGAGUUGAUCUCAAUGUUACUUGACGUCGAAGAAGAAGAGGAAGACAAAGAAGACGAAGAACGGGACGUCCACUUAUCUGACGGCGAAGAAGACGCACCUACUGUGUUUGAUAAGAAAGAAGAGGAGCAUGAAACCAAGCCAGAACGACCUCCUAGCUCGCCAAGAGCCGGCUCUAGUCGACCUGGCAGUCGAGCCACAGGAAGCCGGCUCGGUAGCGCGGUCAUCAGCCCACAGGCGGCCGCCGCGAAACGAAAACGCGAAAUGCGCGACUACUUAGCCGAGGAGGCCCAAGAGUUACUAUCGUACUUUAAUCAUCGUAACAUCGACGCUAUUGUUCGUGUCAUUCGGAGCACACUCGACUCAACUCGGCGACGCGUCGCGGCAAGUACGGCGCAUCAUUUCGUGACAACUCAACCGGAAUCUGGUCGUGAAAAUAAUAACGCUGUAAUGCCUUUAUUUAAGGCUUUCGUGACUCUACAAAUUCCUAAUAUCACAAUGCAGCCAGCGUUGGAUGAAAUACAACAAUCACUUCAAGUGGAAGUAAUCAAGACUGGUCUCCAGGCCUCUCUCCUCGUGCGCCACCCCGAGAACAAGCAGCUCUUCGUGAACUUCGAUCCUCAAAUCAUGACUUUAAUAAGAGAGACUGAUUGUAUGGUUCGACUGGGUCUCGAUAUCCCAUUCUCUGCUCAGACACUGCUGCACAAACAGAACUUACUGAAAAAGAACAACGAUAAACUACUGCUUCUUCUUGAAGAACACAGCCGGGUUCUCAACAAAAUCCCACAGACCUUCAAACCAUUAAUGGCGCCACAUCUCGCUAAAGUAGAAGCAUCGAUUGAUCCAGGGUUAGUAAUGCUGAACUGGACCUCGCUCAACAUCGACACCUAUAUCGACAGUGUUUAUGAAUCGCUUGGCGAGCUGGAGCUGUUGAUAAAUCGAGCUAAUGAUCUCGUGGCGUACAGAAUUGAUGCGGUUUUAGAGGAAAUGAGUGCCAUUCCAUUGACUGAGUUACCCACGCACACGCCUAAGACCAUAGAGGAAUUCUUGAAGAACACUGAGAAUCUAUGCAAACGUGGUGCAGAACUUCUAGAAGUCAAGAGCGUUCGAGUCGAAGAAGCAGCCAACGAGUUGAUCUCAAUGUUACUUGACGUCGAAGAAGAAGAGGAAGACAAAGAAGACGAAGAACGGGACGUCCACUUAUCUGACGGCGAAGAAGACGCACCGACUGUGUUUGAUAAGAAAGAAGAGGAGCAUGAAACCAAGCCAGAACGACCUCCUAGCUCGCCAAGAGCCGGUUCAAGUCGACCUGGCAGUCGAGCCACAGGAAGCCGCCUCGGUAGCGCGGUCAUCAGCCCACAGGCGGCUGCCGCGAAGCGAAAGCGCGAAAUGCGCGACUACUUAGCCGAAGAGGCCCAAGAGUUAUUAUCGUACUUUAAUCAUCGUAACAUCGACGCUAUUGUUCGUGUCAUUCGGAGCACACUCGACUCAACUCGGCGWCGCGUCGCGGCAAGUACGGCSCAUCAYUUCGUGACAACUCAACCGGAAUCUGGUCGUGAAAAUAAUAACGCUGUAAUGCCUUUAUUUAAGGCUUUYGUGACUCUACAAAUYCCUAAUAUCACAAUGCAGCCAGCKUUGGAUGAAAUACAACAAUCACUAAAUAAAGCUGCGCAGUGUGUCGUGUCAGUYUCSAAAGGAGUUUCACAAUGGAAUAAGACUUGUAAGGCGCUUAUGAAACCUGAAAAGAAGGAGGAUUCUGAUAACGAGGAGGGAGGUCGAAGUCGUUCCGCAAGUAAUGCUGGUCUUAGUGAUGAUGAAAGUCGAAGYGACAUCGCGCCWCAUAGGCGGUCAGGGAAAUUACAUGGYGAUGACAGUAGCACGGUUGUCAGUAUGCAGUUGUCGCCYCCCAARGCAAAUUACUACAAGAACGUGUCYGAAAACAAAGAGGUUGCUAAACUCGCCUCGAUGCUGACAACUGUCAUCAACUCGCAAAAGAAAGAAGUUUUAACAGCUUUAGAUAUCUUCAGUCAUUAUCAGAUCAUAUGGAAAGGAGAUCGAGAGCAGACCAUACAAGAUUUCCUGAAAUGCGACCCCAAGUUGUCUGAGUUUGAGGCGCAGAUUCUCCAUUACAAGGAACUAGAGAAAAGUAUCGUCCAGGAGCCUGAGUCGUACAGUGUUGGAGCUAUUGCACUAGUGACAGAAAAGCUUAAAGCCUCUUUAUGCGCCGAGACGAAGGCUUGGUGUUUAUCGUUUGGUCGUAAUUGUAACAUCAAAUACCGUACAGAGAUGGAGGAAAUUUUCGCAUUCCUGGAGGACAUGACCAAGAGAUUGAGUCGACCAAUCAAGGACUUGGAUGACAUUAGACUUGCCAUGAAUGCUUUAAAGGAAAUUAGAGAGAAAGAAAUCAAAAUUGACAUGUGUUUGGGUCCAAUUGAGGAAUCUUAUCAAAUGCUGUCACGUUAUGAGCUACCCGUGGCUAGAGAAGAAUCAGAAAGAGUUGAUACCAUGCGAUACUCCUGGCAGAAACUCCAGGCCCUAGCGAUCGAGUCCCAGGAUCAUCUAAUCACUAUUCAGCCUAAUUUCAAGGGUGGUUUAAUUGAUGAAGUUAAGGUGUUCAUUGUGGACGUUGACAAGUUUACAAAAGAUUAUCAYAAUGUUGGUCCAAUGGUACCAAAUGUCCCACCACGAGAAGCCAGCGACAGACUCAUCAUAUUCCAGAACCAUUUCGACACGUUAUGGCGCAAAUACAUCACGUAUUCGGGUGGAGAAGAGCUAUUUGGUCUGCCAGUGACCGAGUACCCAGAACUGAUGCAGAUCAAACGAGAACUUAACCUGCUGCAGAAGCUGUAUGGACUGUACAAUGACGUCAUUGACACUGUCAAUGGCUACUAUGACAUCCUAUGGCAGGAUGUUAAUAUCGAAAAGAUCAAUCAAGAAUUACUGGACUUCCAGAACAGGUGUCGCAAACUCCCUCGUGCCUUGAAGGACUGGCAAGCAUUCUUAGAUCUAAAGAAAACAAUCGAUGACUUUAAUGAGAGUUGUCCACUAUUAGAACUAAUGGCUAAUAAAGCAAUGAAGGCUCGACAUUGGGACAGGAUCGCUGCCCUUACCGGGCACACUUUUGAUAUCGAGUCGGAGACGUUCUCUCUUAGAAAUAUCAUGGAAGCGCCUCUACUGAAGCACAAGGAGGACAUUGAGGAUGUAUGUAUAGCAGCGGUGAAGGAGAAGGACAUCGAAGCCAAACUCAAGAUGGUUAUCGCUGAUUGGAACACUAAAGAUUUCACCUUUGCAAACUUCAAGAAUCGUGGAGAACUUUUAUUACGAGGUGACAAUACAUCAGAGAGCGUGUCGCUGUUGGAGGACAGUUUGAUGGUUCUGGGAUCACUGAUGAGCAACAGGUACAAUGCUCCGUUCAAGAAAAACAUCCAAGCAUGGGUACAUAAACUUUCCAACACGACCGACAUCAUCGAAAACUGGAUGACAGUACAGAAUCUSUGGAUCUACCUUGAAGCCGUGUUUGUUGGCGGUGACAUUGCCAAACAGCUACCAAAGGAAGCUAAAAGGUUCCAGAACAUCGAUAAACAGUGGGUCAAGAUCAUGACACGUGCACACGAGAACUCGAACAUUGUCCAGUGCUGUGUUGGAGAUGAAACGUUGGGUCAACUAUUGCCGCACUUGCUGGAGCAGCUGGAACUCUGCCAGAAGUCGCUAACAGGGUACCUGGAAAAGAAGAGGCUGGUAUUUCCUCGAUUCUUCUUUGUGUCUGAUCCAGUUCUUCUUGAAAUUCUUGGCCAAGCAAGUGACUCUCACACCAUACAGGCUCAUUUGCUGAAUGUCUUUGACAAUAUUAAAAACGUUAAAUUCCACGAGAAAGACUAUGACAAAAUACUGGCUGUGGUGUCAUCAGAAGGUGAAACAGUUGAGCUUGUGAAGCCAGUCAUGGCGCAGGGUAAUGUCGAGAUAUGGUUGGGCACAUUGCUCAAUAUAUCCCGUUCAUCUCUACACAAUGUCAUACGACAAGCUUACAUUGCYAUCCAGGACUCGAACUUUAACCUCUUGGAGUUUCUAAACACUUUCCCAGCUCAGGUUGGUCUCCUUGGUAUCCAAAUGAUCUGGACAAGGGAUGCYACCGAGGCUUUGACCAACGCAAAGUACGACAAGAAAGUCAUGCAGCAAACCAACGCUGCUUUCCAGGAACUCCUCCACGUCCUUAUUGAACAGACAACCAAGGAAUUAACCAAGGUUGAGAGAACAAAGUUUGAGACUUUGAUUACAAUCCACGUCCAUCAGAGAGACAUCUUUGAUGAUUUGUGCCGUAUGCAUAUCCGAACUCCGUCUGACUUUGAAUGGCUCAAGCAAAUUCGCUUCUACUUCAACGAGGACGCUGACAAGUGUGUCGUUAACAUCACCGACGUCAGCUUUGAAUAUCAAAACGAGUUCCUCGGAUGUACUGAGAGACUUGUCAUCACUCCCCUCACGGACAGAUGCUACAUCACUCUUGCCCAAGCCCUUUUUAUGUCGAUGGGUGGCGCACCUGCCGGCCCAGCGGGAACCGGAAAAACAGAAACUACAAAGGACAUGGGAAAAGCUUUAGGCAAAUAUGUCGUAGUGUUUAACUGCUCUGAUCAGAUGGACUACAGAGGACUGGGACGAAUUUUUAAAGGWCUUGCGCAGUCUGGCAGCUGGGGAUGCUUUGACGAGUUCAACCGUAUCGACCUUCCCGUCCUGUCGGUCGCWGCGCAACAAAUCUACAUCAUUCUCACKUGCAARAAAGAACGAAAGAAGCAGUUCAUCUUCUCCGAUGGCGAUGUUGUCGAUAUGAACCCUGAGUUYGGUAUCUUCUUGACCAUGAAUCCAGGRUACGCAGGAAGACAAGAACUGCCUGAGAAUCUSAAGAUUCAGUUCCGUACAGUUGCGAUGAUGGUGCCGGACAGACAGAUCAUUAUCCGUGUGAAGCUCGCAAGUUGUGGUUUCACCGACAAUAUUACCCUUGCCAGGAAGUUCUUCACUUUGUAUAAACUGUGCGAGGAGCAAACGGUUUCACGUAAUGGUAUGGUGUACAUGAGUUCGUCUGGUUUGGAUUGGCAGCCAAUUGUCCAGGCGUGGAUCAACAAGCGACCUCCAGCUGAGGGAGAAAUACUAAAAAACUGUUUCGAUAAGUCAUUCGAGCAGACACUUACCUUCGUCCGUGAGGGACUGGUGUGCAAGAUGGAUAUCCUAGACCAUAAUUUCAUCAUGCAGGCUAUAACGUUGUUAGAUGGAUUAAUACCCAAGAAAGACGAUGGUGGACAAAUCUCUUCGUCCCAUCUSGAACAUCUUUACGUGUUUUCRCUUAUGUGGAGUCUUGGUGCCUUGCUUGAACUUGACGAUCGGUUUAAAAUGGAACAGUUUAUGAAGGAGCAGUUUGAUCACGACUUGCCGCCCAUUGAAGAAGGACAAAAUAUGUUUGAGUUUCUUGUUAACGAUUCUGGUGAAUGGGCCCACUGGAACACAAAGGUGGAAGAGUACGUGUACCCUAAAGAUCAUGUCCCUGACUUCCUGUCAAUUUUGGUCCCCAACGUAGACAACGUGUGUAUGGACUACCUCAUAGAAACCGUUGCUAAGCAAUCUAAGGCGGCCCUGCUCAUCGGAGAACAAGGCACAGCCAAAACUGUGAUGAUCAAAGGUCACAUGAGCAAGUACGAUCCUGAAAAACACCUUAGCAAAAGCUUCAACUUCUCGUCGGCGUCAACACCGCUGYUGUUUCAACGAACGAUAGAAAGUUACGUGGACAAGAGAAUGGGAAGCACKUAUGGWCCCCCAGCAGGGAAGAGAAUGACUGUAUUUGUGGAUGAYAUCAAUAUGCCGAUCAUUAACGAGUGGGGUGAUCAGGUAAAGGCAUUGAUAGUCAAAAUGUUGCCAACACCUGCAAAAUUCCACUACGUGUUUAACUUGCGUGACCUGUCACGCAUCUGGCAGGGAAUGCUGAACACUAUCUCAGAGGUGAUUACAAGCGAGCGUGACGUCUUGAGUUUAUGGAAACACGAGUGUAUUCGUGUCGUAUCAGAUCGAUUCGUCGGCCAGCAGGAUAAAGACUGGUUCGAGAAGACUAUGAAGAGGGUUGUUGGKGACGAACUUGGGGAGGAAUAUCAAAUGCUGGUUGAUGCUACACCGUUCUUUGUCGACUUCUUAAGGGACGCCCCAGAAGCUACUGGUGAUGAACCUGACGAUGCUGACUUCGAAACACCAAAAAUCUACGAACCGAUCCAGUCUUUUGAGACUUUGGAGCAAAGGCUUACCAUGUACCUAGAGCAGUAUAAUGAGAGUAUUCGCGGUGCUGGAAUGGACCUCGUGUUCUUUAAAGACGCCAUGAUUCAUCUCAUGAGGGUAUCGCGUAUCGUCCGCACACCAAGAGGCAACGCCCUUCUGGUCGGUGUCGGAGGUUCGGGCAAACAGAGCUUAACAAGACUGGCAUCGUUCAUUGCUGGCUACAAGAUCUUUCAGAUUACACUUACAAGGUCCUACAAUGCAUCGAAUUUAAUGGAAGACUUAAAGUACUUGUAUCGAGUGGCGGGACAAAAUGGCCAGGGAAUCACCUUUAUAUUCACCGACCAGGAAAUCAAGGACGAGGGCUUCCUGGAAUACCUGAACAAUGUGCUGUCAUCUGGAGAGGUUUCCAAUUUGUUUGCACGCGAUGAGAUCGACGAGAUCUGUGGGGAACUGAUUCCCGUCAUGAAAAAAGAAUUCCCCAGACGACCCCCCACAGGAGAGAACCUGUACGAGUAUUUCCUGACUCGAGCUAAGCAUAACUUGCAUGUAGUACUGUGCUUCUCACCGGUUGGUGAAAAGUUCCGCAAUCGAUCUCUAAAGUUCCCCGGCUUGAUCAGCGGUUGUACGAUGGACUGGUUCAGCCGCUGGCCAAAAGAUGCUCUCAUCGCUGUCUCCAACCAUUUUAUUUCAUCAUUUGAUAUAGUCUGUACACCAGAGGUUAAGAAAGAGAUCGUUCAUUCCAUGGGUGUCAUACACGAUGGUGUUGCCAACUGCUGCAAUGACUAUUUCCAGAGGUUUCGCCGUGCUACUCACGUGACCCCCAAGUCCUACCUGUCAUUCAUCAAUGGAUAUAAGUCGAUCUACAGCGAGAAACGAGAAGAGAUUGGUGAACUGGCUCGUCGUAUGAAUACAGGGUUAGACAAACUAAUGGAGGCCAGCGAGUCUGUCGCGCAGUUAUCUAGAGAACUGGCCGUUAAGGAGAAAGAACUUGCCGUGGCAUCGGAGAAAGCUGACAGAGUGUUAAAGGAAGUCAGCGUAAAAGCACAAGCUGCUGAGAAGGUCAAAGCGCAAGUCCAAAAGGUCAAAGACAAAGCACAGGCUAUAGUCGACGACAUUGCUGCUGAUAAAGCUGUAGCUGAGGUCAAACUUGAAAAAGCAAAACCUGCAUUGGAGGAAGCAGAAGCUGCCCUUCAGACUAUCAAGCCACUCCACAUUGCAGCUGUUCGUAAACUACCCAAGCCCCCUCAUCUCAUUAUGAGGAUUAUGGACUGUGUACUAAUACUGCUGGGUAAGAAGACAGAUGCCGUGAAGUACGACGCAGAACGAAUGUGUAUGACGCCAUCUUGGUCUGAAUCACUCAAGAUGAUGAGUAAGUCUGAUUUCCUGCCAAGUCUUGUAAACUUCCCUAAAGACAGCAUCACCGACGAGACCGUUGAACUUCUGGCGCCAUAUUUGGAUGCAGAUGACUUCAAUAUCGAAACUGCUAAAAGGGUUUGCGGUGACGUAGCUGGUCUGUGUUCCUGGACACGAGCCAUGUCGGUGUUCUUUGGUGUCAACAAAGAGGUUCUUCCACUAAAGGCCAAUUUAGCAAUUCAAGAAGUUCGGUUAGGCGUGGCCGAGGCAGACUUGAACAAAGCGCAGGCGCAACUUGAUGAAAAACAGGCCGAACUGGAUGCGGCACAAGCUAUGUAUGACAAAGCUGUACAAGAAAAACAGGAUUUGUUGGACAGCGCAGAAGCGUGUCGUAGGAAGAUGUUGGCAGCCUCAGCAUUGAUUAGUGGUUUAGGAGGAGAGAAAGAAAGAUGGACGGAGCAAAGCAGAGAAUUCCAAGAACAGAUAGGAAGGCUUGUMGGCGACGUUCUUGUGUGCACAGGCUUUCUGUCGUACUCAGGACCUUUCAACCAAGAAUUCCGAGAGAUGCUGAUGUCGAARUGGCAAAAAGAAAUGAAGUCACGCAAGAUUCCWUUYUCKUCUGACUURAACGURACGGGCAUGUUGGCUGACAGYGCAACUGUUGGAGAAUGGAAYUUACAGGUAAAMAAGUCUAAACUAGCUAAAAGGACACUUUGCAAGGAGAAUUAUUCUUCUAAAAGAAAGACUACAGUAGUCGUAGCAUCAUUAGCAAGGUCCGCAAUCACGUAG